CUUUUGCGCGUUUUCGUUGUUCGUGUAUCAAUUUAAAUAUUUUAUGUAAACAAUUGGAGGAAAUCUUUGAUAUUUGUAUUUGUUUGGAGAAUGUGCUUGGAUCUUAAUAAGAAUAAAAUAGUAAAAAAUUUAAAUGGCUCUACCUCCGUUUCCACCGCAAGAUUUGGCAAAGCUCGUUCUGGGAUACCUUGCAGAAGAGCAGUUGAUGACUGCAUACGAUGAAUUUUUACAAGAAAGCCCAUAUCUUGAUGUCUUUAGAAAUGAAUUUGACAGAAUAUUUAUGACAUCACUCAGGAGUAUUUUGGCUGAAUACAGAGCAAUAAAAAUAUAUGUUGAAACAUGUAAACCACAUUCAUUGCGCAAGAAGUUGUUUCAGUGCUCGAAUCUUUUGGAAGUUGUAAAAUGUCUUGUGAGUUUGAUUGACCCCUACAAACUUCAGGUUCAAGAAAGCUAUGAGAAGCCAAGUUGUACUAAACAACCUGAGAUAUCAAAAUCAAGUUUGAUAUCAGAUUGUGACGUCUGCAACUCUAUGAAUUUAAGUAAUUGUGUUUGCAAACAUAAAAAUAGUAAUAUAGAAUUGAGUACCAAACAGAAUCCUUCCAGUGGUCUUGAGAUGGUAGCAGAAUCUGUAGAAGCAACACCAUUAGCUGAACUACCAGGAAACACAUUAUCAACAAAGAAAAAGAAAACUUUGAAUGGAACUGUCAGCACAUUGGAAGGAGAUUGCAAAGAAGCAUCAGCUGUUCCCUGUAUAUCACUGAGUAGUGUACCAAUAGGGGAUAAUAUAUGCACAAAUGUUUUAUAUAAUCCAAUUAGUGUUGCUGAUAUACAUUCGCAGAGUGUUCAUCCACUUCAGGUUAACAAAGAUCCGUUGAAAGAUGAAUUUAACUCCAUUCUUCAAAAAAUUUGCAAUAAAAGUUCAACUACAGAUACUGAAAUGGAGAGCAUUGUUUCAAAUGGAAAUCUCGCUUCAAAUGUUUGCCAAUCCAAAGGAUUCAAGGAAUUUGCAUCUGGUGUUGCAGGUUCUGACAACAAUAUGAGAUUGCCUGACUACAAAACACCAAUACACAUUCCUAUAGCACCGAAACCAAAUAUAUCUCCAAUAACAAAUAUAAAAGGACCACCAGAAGUGCAAGAAUUAUAUCCGAAUAAUAGUAAUAUGAGAAAUAGCUUAGACGUAAACAGAGCACAUGAUUCCAAAGUAACCAUUCUCUCAGAUGUUAAAGUCGAUAAGUGUUAUCCUUGUACUAGUUUUAAACCUACUUCCUCAACUCCACUUAUGCAAAUGAAAACCAUGCUGAUAAAUGGUACUCCUGCAUACACGAAAAAAAGUCAGAUAUCUAAAAUGAGUUCGUAUUCAAAGGAUGAAAUUAUGGCAAUGCCUACAAUUAUAAUAGUACCUUCUUCAGGGCCGCAUAAGUGCAUUACCUCUCAGCAAGUCGCAGGAAGCAAUAGACAAAAUUGUAACACUACUGCCCAAAUGAAUGUUAAAACCACUGUUACUAAAGCACCAGUUCCCGACCUUAUGCCACUGACUGUGAACGUAUCUUCAGUUGAUAUAGUGCCAACCCAAAGCAUUCAAUUAGAUACUUCAUCUGCAGUCCUACAAACAGUUACAAAAUCAAAUGGAAUUGGUCUUAUUAAAACAGUUGAUACCGUCGUUCAUGCCUCUUUGCCAAAAGAGAAUACCGUAUUGGAUAAAAUAGGUACCCCACAUGUUUUGCCACCUGUAAGAAAAUCGUCUUCUACUCCAAGGCGUACUUCUCAUGUUCGAGUUCUUGAUUUCGCAACUCCACGGCGAAUUUUGGAUCACGAAAAAAUACCUAACAAUGACGAUGUGGUAAUUAUAUGUGAUUCACCUAAAACAACAGAAACAAAAAGUUGUAAUACCAAUAUAAUUAAACCAGUGAUAAAUAUAUCUCAGCCGGAGGCAAAAGUAAAAACCACUAAACAAAAUAGUUUUAUUAAAAAACGUAACUGGGAUGAUGACCUUCGUGGUCUUCUAGCAUCAUGUGACACAAUGAUUGAACAAUCACUUCCGAAGAAAAACAAAAAAACAAAAAAUAAGUGUGGCUCAAAUGACAGACCUGAAAAGAAAAAACAAGCAUUGAAAAAAGGAGGCACUGUAAAAGUUUCAGUAAGUGAAAAUGAAUCCAACAAACUUAAUUCUGAUGUUGUCGAAAUAGAUCGUAAAAAUGUUCCCGUUUCCAGAGUGAAAGACACUUUAAAAGAUAAUAAUAAUACAAACAAUUGUGAAGAUUUGAUUGAGACUCCCGAAACAGAAAGAUUAUGUUUACAAAAUGAAAUUGGAGCUAAAUUAAACAUAUCUGAUUUAUUAGAAACACCGUAUAAGCAAGCCAUUUAUGAUAUACAAAUGGGAACACCCAGGUUUCUUGGACCUGAGUUACUCGAUGAGCCUGUGUCCGACAUUAAAAUAAUGAAUAUUCCAACACCUCGAUUCUUGACUACACCUCAACCAGCGCAAGCUACUCCUUCGUACUCCUCUCGCCCUACUGAUUAUUCAAGUGGGGGAUCUUAUUAUAAACCAGACGAUGAUUACAUUCAUAUUCCGAUAGAAGCUGAACUUAAUAAUAUUGAAGUCCCAAAUGUGAAAAAUAAAUCCAGUUCAAUAGAAAAUGGACCUAAAGACGAAAAAUAUGAAAACAAAGAUAAAUCUGAAGACAAGGGCAAGUCUUCCAAAGGUAGACCUGUCAGAAAAUGUACAAAAAAUGUGUCAUAUUACAAUAGUCCUAACAUAAAUGUUUCCGACAAUGACAAGCAAGAUAAACUUAAAAGUGGUAGUCUUUUGAGUGUUAAAAAGGACACCAAUAGACCCAAACCUAAAGUUGGAAAAAAUAAUAAAGAUAAAGAAAAUAUAAAGUGUAAGAAUAAAUCGCCCUGUAAGAAAGAUUCAUCUAAAAUUUUCUUGAAGAUUAAACCAAGACGUGUCACUCCCAUUAAAGACGUAAGCAAAAAUAAAGUAUCUCCCUCUCGCUGUAGAAAAAAAAGUGUGAGCAAAGAUAAAACUGAAUACACUAAUGAAACAGAGUCACUUGCACCUAUUAAAUCUCGCAGGAAAUCUUCCACCCCUAGGAAGCUUCAUUGUACUAAACUGCUAAAUUCAUCAAACAAUAACAAUAAUCUACCGGACACAUUUCAAAGCAGAGAUUCGGUCGAUCUACAUGAAGAUGCACAUGAUGUUAGUAACGCAGACCAUGCCCAGAAAUCACUUCGACGGUUAGAUGACAAACCAAAAAACAAAACACCAAACAAGACAGACACAGACAGCCAAGAAAAUACUACAAAAGAGAGUGAUGAUAUUAUAACUAAAAUUAAAGAGUACAUAGAAGAUACUAUCGACACGGUAAAUCCUUUCAUGAAUGAAAGAACCGGGAACUUACAAAAUGAUUUAAUUAAAAGAGGAUUUGAUGUGGAGACUGCUAGAAUAUUAGAAAGGGACUUGUUGGAUACACCACCUAUACAAGACGGUGCUGUUCAAUCUACAAGUGGGGAAAAUACUGAAUACAAUUCAAAUAAAAGUCAACAAAUGCUUGUUACCAAUAAAGAACAAAUAACGUUAAGUAAAGCCGAUGCAUGCAUGGGUAGCUAUGCGGCCGAUGAUGAAGAUGAUGAUGUUGAAGAUUUAGAUUUUACCGUUCACGAAAAUAACUUGGACUGCAAUAACUUCUUUAAUUGUGUGUUUGAUGAGAACAACAGUCAAAUUAAAUCAGAUAUAACUGUGCUGAAAGAUAAAUUCUCCAUGGAAGUUUGUAUCGAUGAUGGAGUGACUAUUCGACUGCGAGCUAUAGAUUUUAAGGUUUUGUUUGAGCAAGAUGCACAAAAUGUUCCAAGCUACGAUGUAAAAGAAACAGAGUCUGCUGUAAAUUCUAUUUGUAAUAUAGACAAACUUUACACUCCAAUUAAAGAUCACAAAGCCAAAUGUUUCGAAAUUUUUGAUUCAACCCUUACAAGCAUAGAUACGCCAUUAAAAGCUAAUAGCCCUACAUCUAAGGAACACGAAAAUACAAGCACAAGUGUAGUUUUCGAGAAUGAUAACUUAAGUGUAAGUAGAAUGGAAAACAAAAAAAGAAAAAGACUACAAAGUGGCGCUGAUGAUAAUGCAAGUGAAAAUAAAAAAAGUAAACCCGAUAAACAGUAUUUACUUGAUCCUGCAAAUAUACAAAAUAUUGAUAUUGAGUCUGUUUUGAGUAAGUUACACGGACCAUGAUAAAAUAACAUUGUUAAAAUGUACAGAGUAACAUUGUGCAUUUUAAUUAAAUAUAAGAACGAUUGUAUUCAGUGUGUUCUCAUUAUUUGUAAGUUUUGUUUAUAAUAUUUAAGAAAGUAACUGAAGUUGCUUGUAGCGUUAUUAAUCAAGCGAAUAUAAUAAGAGUAAUGUACAUUAAUUUUUAUAUAAACUUUUUGGUGAUAUAUGACACUUAAAUUCAUUGUUUGACAUUUUUGAACAAUAAUCGUUGAACCAAUUUAUAAUAUUAUUUAUUAGGUUAGUCGUACCAUGAUGCAGGAUAUAUCACAUGCGUGGCAAUAUUGAAAUAUCGAUAGCGGCGUCGUUUUGUGGGCGUUGCCAUCGAUAAUUAUGUGCUAGACACAAAAAGAUUAAAUAAAUAGUUAUAUAUUUA